AUGGACAAGAUUCCCAUAGCCAAACUGCGGCGCAAGCCGAAACCGCUAGCCAUCGAAACCGCCAUCGAUCGCAACGCGACGAGCAACAUUAUACAUCUCGCUCUUGAUGACGCCGCCGCAUCCAGGGCUAGCAAAUCGCCCAGCUUUCCUGCACGACUUUCGCCCUUUCGACGACUGCAUGGAGGAAAGCGUGCCAGAAGCUGCUCCCCGGCUCCUACGCGGUUGGGCGAGCCCGUCGCAGCCGUUGUCAGCAACAGCACCAUAUCCACAAACGAGCAGGGCGACGAGCAAAGCUUGAAAAUCCCAGCCUUUCUUACACAGAGCGACGAGGAGCUCCAGCGUCGAUUCAACGACAUACAGGAGAGAGAAGAGAAUCGCAUACUGCCAAUACCCCCCACAGACGAAAAGGAGAGAUGGUCGUUUGCUCAUCAUGAAGGCGCACCAGGAAAGGGAAAGAAUGGCAUGGAUCGAUACCUAAAUAUUCGACCGUGGAGCCAUAAUCGCAUCAAGCUAGACGUCCCGGAUGAUACACUCGACUACGUCAACGCUUCGCCCAUUGCCGUGCCAGCUUCCGACGAGGCGGCGCCGACUUUCAGGUACAUUGCCAUGCAAGGGCCAACACCGCAGUCGUUUGACUCUGUAUGGCGCAUGGUAGCCGAAAAUACGACACAGACGGCUGUUGUAGUUCAGCUCACGACCAUGGUUGAAAACGGACAUAUAAAAUGUGCGCAAUAUUUUCCUUUUAACGACGAGGACAAGACAUGGGUGCUCAAUGCAGCCGAUGCCUGGGGCGAUGGUUGGACGGCGACGCUCACGUACGAGUCGACCGAGACGCUCUGCGACGGGGCCAUUGAGCGGCGCAAGCUGCUCCUGCACGUCGGCGGGGAAGAGGAGCCGCGCACGGUGUGGCACCUCUUUUACCGGCGAUGGGCCGAUUUUGGCGCCCCGGCCUUGACCGAGGUGGCCAACUUUUUCCAUCUCAUGAAGGUGUCGCGGCAGCACGCCGUCGAGAUUGAUGAGCCACGCUUUAUCCACUGCAGCGCGGGCGUUGGCCGCACCGGCACCUUUAUCUGUCUGGAGCACCUCAUGCGGGAGCUCGAAAUGGGAGCCUUUGACGCUGUCGAUCCAAAUGAUGCGGACGCGGACCCGGUGUAUGAGACGGUCGAAGUGCUGCGCCAGCAGCGCCGCUUGAUGGUGCAGAGCUCUGUGCAGUACAUGUUCAUCUAUCAAGUGAUGCGCCAGCUCUGGGGCGAGCGAUACGGACUGUUGGAGGACGAGGUGCGGACCGGCGCAGGGCAGCCCGCCCUCAAACGGUUCGAGAUGGCAGCGGACCCGGUGCGCCCAGAUUCGGCGGGCGACAGCAGCCCCGUCUCGGAAGGAGGAGUGAGCCUUGUCCCGGAGCAGGACUAG